CACAUCGAUUGCACGCCAGCGCCAUCAUCAAGGCUGUGGAACAAGAGCCGUGAGAAUGACGUCCAAGAGCGUGACAUACUGCACCUCACGUGGGAUCGACGUUCCUCUGAGGGUAAGGAUCAACUCGCUGGAGGGAACCCGUCCUCUGUUGAAGGAAUCAACGAGGUACACCGACCCUUCAAAGGUGAGGAAGCUGUCGAACUUCUCGCAGACUUCUGGGCUGUUCUGCUCUGUUGUUGUUACCCUGGAGGGCAAGCCGCUGACGAUACCCGUGACCACGUCGUACGCUGCGUUCAGAGCGUCGAGAAGGUGGAAUGAGUGGCUGACCCUGCCCAUCAAUGUCAGCCAGUUGCCCUUCAAUUCGAAGCUGACGAUUUCGAUAUGGGAGUUCGAUGGUGAUAAGAGGAGCGACUUUGGCGAGACUGACAUGUACAUCUUCCACGUCGAUGACGAUUGUACGUUGAAAAGGGGCCGACAGAAGCUGACGGUGCGCUGUCAGGACCCUUCACUGAACCACGGCCAUUUCAAAGAUGGCCAAAUGGCAGAACUGGAGUUGGCGAUCAAGAAACAUGAAAAUGGAGACAUGGUUGCCGUUGAGUGGCUGGACAACUUGACUUUCCGGACUAUUGAGCAGAUCAACAAGUCCCAGAGUGCACAGCCUGGCUUCACUCUGUUCAUCGAUAUGGUGCAAUUCGACGUGCCAGUGGUGUUUUCAGACCACAAGUAUCCGCCUCCAAUGAUACCUACGUACCAACCAUCAGAUCAACAACUUCAGCAGAUGCAAAACGAGCAGCAGGGAACAUUGUCGAAGAUUUCCACGGGGAAGUUCACUACGAUGAAGGUUUAUGAUCCAGAACAAUACAGAACUGAUCCUAUUGAACAGAAGUACCGGAAACUCGAGAGAUCCCAUAAAGAUGGUCCAUUCGAUAGGGAAAUCAAGCCGACACCGAAGAUUAGAGAUGAGUUGAAUAAGAUCUUGAACUACUCCUCGGUUCAGGAGCUUACUCAAUAUGAAAAGAACCUCGUUUGGAAGUUCAGAUACUUCCUCUUGAACAACAAGAAGGGAUUAAACAAGUUGAUCAAAUCCGUGAACUUCUCUGAUGAGAAUGAGUUGAACGAGGCUUUAAACCUGUUGCCCAAAUGGGUUGAGAUCGACAUUGAAGAUUCCAUUGAACUUCUUGGUCCUAAUUUCAAAAACUCUACGGUGAGAACCUACGCAGUGGAAAGGCUGAAAAAGGCUCAUGAUGACGAGCUGGAGCUUUAUCUGUUGCAGCUCGUACAGGCUCUCAGAUAUGAAACACUAACAAACUCCUCAAGUGACUUCUCAAUCGUCGGGUUGAACGAGUCCAUGUUGGGAGGUGCUUCAUCUUCGGGCUCAGUAUUGGACGAUUCACAAUCGCUUACACCUCUUUCCCAGUUCUUAGUGGAACGUGCUCUGUUAAAUGAAAGACUGGGAUCUUUCCUAUACUGGUACUUGAAUACAGAAGCACGGGAUAACAAUCCAGGAUCGAUAUAUAGAAAGCUACUGGACUACUUCCUGAAGAGUGUCAAGAAUCAAGGCUUACAACGAGAGAUUGAGCUUGUUGAUCAUUUGGUAAAACUCUGCACUAAAAUUAAGGCUUCAAGAGAAACCACACCAAAGAAGAUCGAGAUGCUACAGUCUAUCCUGGAGACGAAAUUCAAGACCUUUUCACCAACGAGACUGCCGUUGGAUCCAUCUGUGGAGAUAUGUGGUACUGUGCCUGAAGAAAGCUUUGUCUUCAAGAGCUCUCUAUCACCGUUGAAAGUAACGUUCACCACAACAGAUGGUGGUAAAUACCCGUUGAUGUUCAAAGUGGGCGACGAUUUGAGACAGGAUCAACUUGUUAUCCAAAUAAUCUUGUUGAUGAACAAACUGCUGCUUAACGAAAACGUUGAUUUGAAACUAUCGCCUUAUAAGAUCCUGGCUACGGGCCCAACUGAAGGUGCGAUUCAAUUCAUUCCAAACAGCACGUUGGCAAGCGUUCUUGCAGACUACCAUGGUAUUCUACCUUACCUCAAGCACCACAACCCUGAUUCUUCAAACGAGCUGGGCGUGGUGCCCUCUGUCAUUGACACGUUUGUCAAAUCAUGCGCUGGCUAUUGUGUGAUAACGUAUAUUCUCGGUGUUGGUGAUCGCCACUUGGACAAUCUGCUGAUCUGUCCUGACGGCCAUUUCUUCCACGCUGACUUUGGUUACAUCUUAGGACAGGACCCUAAGCCGUUCCCGCCUCUGAUGAAGCUGCCACCUCAAAUCAUAGAUGCCUUUGGUGGUGCAGACUCGCCAAACUACGACAAGUUCAGGGACUACUGCUUCGUCGCUUACACGAUUCUGAGAAAGAACUCCAACUUGAUUCUGAACUUAUUCGAGUUGAUGCGUGACUCCAGCAUCCCAGAUAUCAAAAUGGAGCCUGACCGUGCUGUCUACAAAGUGAAAGAGAAAUUCUGCCUGGACAUGAGCGAGGAGGAGGCCAUCAUACACUUCCAGAACUUGAUCAACGAUAGUGUCUCAGCACUGCUUCCAAUGGUCAUCGAUAGACUUCACUCUUUGGCACAGUACUGGAGGGCAUGAAAGACCUCUCGCUGCAUCAACUCUAUUCCACGCCACCGUUGAAAUGCGCCGCUGGUGGGCCUUCUGGCCUAAUUUAGCUCGCUGCUUUUGCCUGGCCGUUUAAGUUAGCUGAGCUUAUACCUGAUGUGCUCCUCCAUUGCAGUGGAAGGUGCUGAAUUCUACGCCAAACUCGCCCACGCAAGCUUCUGGUGCUUGCUUCACUUGCAUAUGGCACAAAA